UUGAUACGAAGACACUUUGGCUGGAGCUUGUGGUUGUGGUAGGCGGCCGGCUAAUGAGAGGUGCGGAUAAAUCGCGCAGAUUAGAAGUAGUUAUAUCUUCAGUUACAGUCUGAAAAUAAAAUAUGAAAAUGAAUGGAAUUUUGAAAGCGGCUUCUGGAUUCUCUUCGUAUAAAUAUCUUUUGAAUCCAGUGAAACGGUCAUGUGGCGUCUUGAAUGCAAACACGAGGCAGUUUACAAGAACGCUGUGGUAUAUGCGUUCUGGUGGUUCUACCGACGGGACGGGUUUACUUGCCAACUACAAACAAACUCCACACAGUAAUUUAUGCAGUUGUGGUUGUGGAAUGCAAAGGCUACAUACGAAAGGAGAGAAAGAGCUUGUGGAGUUUCUUACAGAAGAAAUAGCAAACGAGAGGAAAGCGCAGAAGUUGAAGACAAUCCCCACAGAAAUAGAUGGUUUUAAAGUUAAAUUGGAUGAAUCUGAAGUAACAAUGACCAAAAAACUGGGUGAUGAAGAAAUUGAAGUAAAUUUCAAUAUAAAUCACACAGUGGACGCUGAUACUGAACCAGAAGUAAAUCCUAAUAUGGAUAAACCAGAGUUUGGGGAAAUGAAAUCAAAGCCAACCUUUGAGGUGGAUAUACGUCGUGGAUCAAAGACCCUUGGCUUCACAUGCUCUUUUACAUCUGGCCAACAAGACUCUGAAGAGGGCUAUAAUGAUAUUUUUGCAAUUGAUGAAGUUACAUUGUAUGAAGGAGAAUGGUCUGAGAAAACCUAUGCUGUAUCUGGAGAAAUACUAGAUGGCUAUCUAUAUGACUUGCUGAUGACUCUUUUGGAGGAGAAAGGUAUCUCCAAUGAAUUUGUGGAAAAGUUAUCAGAAUUCAGCACGGCUUAUGAACACAAUACAUACAUCGCAUUUUUGGAAAGUUUGCAGAAGUUUUCUUGUGGCAAAUGAGCACCAAAGCUGAAGAAGGUGCAUUCAUUCUGUGCUACUUUUACCGCUCCAAACACAGUUGUGGACUGCAGACUGUUGUGCAUUUGUUGGAUGCAUAUCUUCAAAGAAAAUUUUUUAUGCUAAUAUAAUAUAGUUGAGAAGUGAGACUGUGAUGAAUUAAGCAUGUGUAUCCUUAUUAAGACAGUCAAUACACACAAGUAAAGUGAAGUUCAUUUUUUAUUGUA